CAACCUUUGCGAGCCAAGCAUUGCCAGGCGUGUCAGCAGUGCGUCCGCCGUUACGACCACCACUGUCCUUGGAUUGAGAACUGCAUCGGGGAGAGGAAUCACCCACUUUUCGUGCUCUACUUGGGGGUGCAGCUCACCGUCCUGCUCUGGGCUCUGCAGGUGGCUUGGUCCGGCCUGAACUUCCAGUCCUUUUCCUGGCUCUGGCUUCAGUGCCACCUGCUCCUCCUCCUCUCCUUCCUGCUCCUCACCAUCUGCACCGUGAUUGCGACGCUCCUCCUGGGCUCCCACCUCUACCUCGUCUCCUGCAACACCACCACCUGGGAAUUCAUGUCCCGCCACCGCAUUUCCUACUUGAAACACUGCAAGGUGGAGAAUCCCUUCGACCAGGGGGUCCUGCUCAACCUCUGGAGGUUCUUCUGCGCCUGCCGCCUGAUGGCCUGGGAGAAGCUCUACCCUUCGGAGGAGACCGAGCUGGUGUGAUGGAGGGCAGGAGGGUUUCGAGAGACGGAUUGGACCGAGCUGGUCUAAAGUCACAACGGAAGCUUUGAAGAAGAUGCCGGAGCACCAGGUCUUCACCCCGACUAGGAGAAGGACUUUCCCCUCUUCUAACCAAAGGCUAAAAUCUGACGGGUCGUGUUGGGGUGAGCCAAUGGGCGGACCCUAACCCUAAUAAUUGAAGAUUCAGCUUUGAGAUUUGGAGAUACGGAGAUCUGGGCAGGCGAAGGAAGCCUACAGCAUCAGGGCAGAAGCAAGAAGGAAAUGCGGAAUGGCUCAGAAUGCCCUGCUUUUGAAAGAUCACGAAGCGGGUUUUAGCUGGAGGUUCGUAUCGAAUUGAGGCCGAAGAGACGGACGCUCCUUGGAAGGCCGAGCAUAAAAGUUUUGCUAAGUAAGAACAAGGCAGCUUCACAGCCGGCUGCGAGGUUUAAGAGCUUAAGAAAAAAAUGAUUUUAAUCCGACACUAAUGUUAAUAAAAGACCAAAGCUUGCAUCAAA